UGAAAUGAACAGUUUGGAGAGACGAGGUUUCACAGUGAUGGUUUUUCUCUUUUUCUCUGUCAGAAAAUGGAUUCGGGUGGAAAGUUUACUUUGUAUUCUUCAGAUUUUAGCUUUCUUGAAGAAAAUUACACCUACAAUGAAUCAUAUGAAUAUGGAGAAUCAUGCUGUGGGACGGUGUGCGGUCAGGAAGCCAGCAUGGCCUUUGAAGCCAUCUUUAUUCCCAUCCUGUACUCCUUGGCGGUGGUAAUUGGGCUUCUGGGUAACGGGCUGGUCCUGGUGGUCCUGUGGCAGAAGAAGAGGACAUGGAGCGUGACAGACACCUUUGUCCUUCACUUGAGCGUGGCCGACAUCCUGCUGCUGUUGACCAUGCCCCUGUGGGCAGUGGAGGCUGCAAAUGAGUGGAUCUUCGGCAAGGAGCUCUGCAAGCUGACCGGAGCGCUCUUUCAGGUGAACUUCUACUGUGGCAUUUUUUUGCUGGCAUGCAUCAGCCUGGACCGCUAUCUGUCCAUUGUCCACGCCGUGCAAAUGUACUCUCGCAAGAAGCCCUGGCUGAUCCAGCUCAGCUGCAUGGCUGUCUGGUUCUUCUCCUUGCUCCUCUCCAUCCCUGACUGGCUCUACCUGGGUGCUACAGAGGACUCCAGACGGGGUAAAACGGAGUGCGUCCAUUGGUACCCCUCUGACGGGUUACGUUUAGCCUCCAGAUGGCUUUACCACGUGGUGGGCUUCUUGAUUCCAGCCUUGGUGCUGCUCUUCUGCUACACCUGCAUCCUGCAGAAGCUGCAGAGUGGCUCUCAGGGCCUGCAGAAACAGCGGGCUAUGAGGGUCAUCCUGGCCUUGGUGGUGGCCUUCUUCAUAUGCUGGACACCCUACAACAUCACCCUCUUGGUGGACACCAUCCACACCAACCAAAGUAACCAGAGCAGCAACGUCUGCGACACCACCACAGCUCUGGAUAUCGCCUUAACUACCACUUCCACUCUCGGCUACCUGCACUGCUGCAUGAACCCAGUGCUCUACGCAUUUGUUGGAGUGAAGUUCCGGCGCCACCUGCUGGACAUGGCCAGGCCUAUCAGUUCCAGGCUGAAGGGCAGAGUGAGCACGGUCUCUCGCAGGACCUCAAUGUGGUCUGAGUCUGCGGACACCUCUCACACGUCAGCCUUCUGAGAGGAUGUAUUUUUUUGCAUUUGUGGAAUUUUUUUGAAAAGAAAAAUGCAAAUUUUUGUCAUGAUUUUCAUGCUGACAUAACAGUCCAAAAGUUCCAUUUCCAACAGAAGCUUUCAUGUUGUUUGAAGUUGAGUAGAGGUAAAAACAAUAUAAAAAAAAAUGGUUUGAGUUGUUUUUGGAUUUUUUGUCACCUCAGAUUUUUGCUUAUUUUUGAAUUUGCUUCUGGAAAACCUGGAAAAAAUCUGGAAAAUGUUGGUUGUAGUUGGGCAGAUCUUCAUUACAAUUUUAGCAGCAUGAAUAUACAGAAAGGUAAAAGUCAAAAAGUCACAUUUCCUGAAGACGCAUUCAGGUUUAGGUUUCUUGGAUACUUUGUCAGUUGAAGAUGAAGUUGAAGUUCAGGGGUUCUUUGAUUCUUCUUGUUCAAAUGUUACAUUUCCUGUAGUUUGCACCUUUGUAGAUGAACUUGCACUUGAACUUCUGUGGUGUAUAGUCAUGUCAAGAUUCUGAAGUACUUACAGUGUUUAUGUAUAUGCUUUUGACUAUGAAAGGUUACUCAGGGACACAUUUUCAGGUUUAAAUGAUCUAAGCUUGAUUUCUUCGGAAAGCUCAGGGACAUACAACACUGUGCAAAAGUCAGACACGACCUUCAUUUAUUUAAACAGCCAAGCUCAUUUCUCUGCAUCAGGGAAAAAGCAGAAAACAUAUAUUUAACAGAAAAUAGAAAGAAAAGAAGUACCCAACAACUAAAUAGAAUUUUAAGUGUUUCAGCGAUAGUGUGUCCACUCUUCAUCUUUAUUCCAGCUUCCAUUCUUUUCAGGAGAUUCAUUUUCAGUUUCUCAAAGAAGCAGACACACCUCCAAAGUUCAG